AUGCGCACUUUGAGAGACUGGUGGUACGGGUCUGGUGACACACCAGAUACUACUGGGACUCCUUCCCCAGAAGAGCUUCCUCCGCUUCGAAACCGUCUUUCAUUGAAACGGAGAUUGCAAGAUGGAUUGGAAAACUCAGAUUCAGAUGGUCAGGUAACAGAUAAUCAAAAUGAUGUUCCCAGGAAGAGAAGCUCGCUGAGUAUUAGGAGACUUUUUCACCGACAUCACAACGACAUUGCGGAAAGCUCGCCCAACGAAAAUAACACAGAGGUAUCUCUGAACUUUUACAGGGAUGAUUCGUUCAUUGCCGAAUGCAUUGCCCAUGGCCAGUCUCUUAAAUACUCCGAGACUCCAUCCAAAGCAGUUUGGACCCCUGACUUGUCGGAAAACCUGGUUGAGAUGGCAGCAACUGCAGGCGAGGCUGAAACUCAACCCUUCCAAGAAGUAUCAGUUGGUAACUUUACUUCAGCAAUGACUUUCCGGCGUCAAUUAUUCCAAAACUUAUUUACUCCAAAGCGCCAAGAUCACACAUUACCCUUUAUUUGGAAUUUGUGGAAGGAUGAUUACAAACUCUCCUCGACAAGGUUUGGCCAACAUGUACACAAAGUGACCAGAGAUGAUGAAAUAGGUCCUAUCAUCACGUAUCAGCACAUCUCUGACCUCCGGGACAAAUUCAGCGAAGCCAUAAGGGCCGGUACAGAGGGAAGAUUUCAUGUGUUUAGAAACGGUGUAAAACCGAGUGUGAAAUCUUCAGUUUUUGAUGGCGGAGGAAUCCUUACGUUUAGAAUCAAGAAAAAGCACAGGCUGGAGUGUUGGCCCAAGUUCUUCGAGACAUUCACCUCCGAUGCACUGAUCAACCCUCAGACUAGCUACGGUCCAAUAAUGGGAUUUACAUGGUACAACAAAGGUCACAGAAGCUAUAUUCUUUUAGAUUUGUGGUUCACAAGUGCAAGCAUAGGUGAAGUGGUGGGAUCAGGAGAUAUGGUUGGAUGGGCAAGCAGGGCCUUGAUCAUGCAUUUGCCGCGCAACAGUAUCAAAGACCCGAUAUUCUUGGUAAGAAUCAGUACACUUUCAAUCAAGAGUUUUUUGAAUUGUCUACUAACAAACCGAAAGCAUUUGGAUUCAAACAAAAACGUUCGCCUAAACUUCGUGUCUGACAAAGAUUUGUCGGUUACCCAAACCAUGCAGGAGAUGCUGAUAGCACCUGACUUUUUUCCAGAAGGUCAGGUUUCGGCCCAAAGAGAGAUCUGA